UCUUGUUUCAAAACUGUUACUUUCAUUAGUUCUUCAUAAAGUCUCAAAACCUCACCCACUCUCCAACCACACUCUCUUGUUUCUUUCAUCAAAUUUUCAUAAAUUCUCAAAAUCUCACCAAAAUCAGAGUUGAACAAGAUAAAGGACCUGUUUUGGAUGGUGAAAAAGAAUGAUGAAUAACUAAACUCCAUGAAGUGAUAUGAAGUGGUGAGUGAAGAAUUUCUGAAGGAGUUGAGGGAUCAAAAGCAAUUGUUGGACAGAACACCAAAGGGGAUUGAAAAGCUUACUAUGCUUGAGGUUUCGGGGGUACGCUCAAUUGCUUUUCAUCCUGAUGGACAGAUCCUAUUUGCUGGACUUGAGGAUAGUUUGAAGCUUAUAGAGCCAUAUAAUGGUGGCUUGGAAACUGAGAAAAAGGAAAGCACAAAACAGAAACUUAGUCUCCAGGGAAGACAAAUGGAGAAAGUAGAAGCUGGUGUGGGACCGCCUUUUGGGUUGUGCAGUAUGUCUGUUGACAAUGAGUCAAAAGAGAUAAAGAAUAUAUAUAUAGACUUGUGGACAGCAAGGUCAAUGUCUGGAGCUAACAAAAAGAUGAUUGAGGCACUAGCUGCUAGGAAGAAGGAAGAGUAUCUGAAGAAGGAGGAGUACCUGCAACAAUUUAAGAUGAAUUGUCAUAAGUUCCAUUUUCAAAGCUUUCAUCCAAUAUAUGCAUGUUUUCAAUAAUGCAAUUAGUAAACCAAUCACACAAACCAAUCAUAUAAUAGCCAGUCACAUAUGAUUGGUUUGUGUACAUUCUAUUUAGUUUUAAUGUUUUAUUCUAAAUAGAAAUGUAGUAUUGAUUUGCUCCAUUUUAUGGACUGAUAUUAAAUGUCCAUUAAAUAUUAAUGAAUUUGAAUUAUGUGUA